AUGAUUGCUUACAAGGUUUGGCUUCCAUUCUGGAUUUUGGGUGUGGAAGCGCUCCAUGCAUCGGAGAACGUACCGAGAGGUCAAGAUGAGAAAGAAGACUUUCCAUUCACUACAGUCGUUGAUCUACUAUGGCAGAAUGUGGAAUUCUCUACAUUUUUAAGAAAGGUCCAAAAAUGUGGAAAGAUAAAUUAUCUGAAUGAGCUGGACAACUUUACGCUAUUUGCCCCCAUCAACUCCGCAUUCUCGCAGAAUCUGGAGCAAUUCGAGGUAGAUGAUUUUGUGCUUCACGACUGCGUGUUAGAUCCUAGACAGUUUGAUGUCGGAAUUCAUGUCCUUGCGACAAAUGACAGUACUCCGCAUUUGGUGGAUGUGAGAAGUGAUGGUUCUUGGCUGAUCAAUGACACUCCUGUUCUUAAGGACGUCCUAAGACCUAACAUGCAAAACGCUACCCUUCACGGCGUCGUGGCUACUGUUCCAAGGGCGCCAACUUUUGUUGGCAUACUGCACAGUUUGUCACAACUGUCGUACUUUUCAAAGCUUGUUGCCGUGACAGAAUCGCACAAUGCCCUAACUCUUUUUGAGCAUAAAACAGUCUUCAUACCUGACAACAUUGCUUUCAAUAACCAGUUUAGCGAUUUAGAAAUUGCCUAUCUGUUGGGCGACAAGAAUUCAGUACACGAAAACCUUAGAACUCUAAGCACAAUCGAUAAUCUGAAGAAAGACCGAGUUUUUGUGCUGAACAAGCUGGUAGUCGAUGGCCUUUUCGGUGGCAGGCUCCAUCAAACCAAUAUUACUAACUUGAAUGGUGAUCUUAUGAUAAUUGAUUCGCACGCCAAUGGCUCAGCUAUAAGUGUGAACGGUACGAUUGCUUCGGGAAGUAAUCAGCUAUACAAUGCUGGUAUAGCUCAUAUUUUUUCGGAACUUGACUUCCUUUCUCACGAUCUUCGUUUCACGGCCGAAAAAUAUCUUCUGGGGCUAGGAGCAGACCGUUUUGUCGAAGAAGUGCACAUGAGAGGUCUAGCUCAUUUGAUUAAUGGGGAAUUUGAAGGACCAUUGACAAUAUUUGUACCUGUCGAGACCAGUAAUGAUAGCCCCGGAUACUCGAAAAGUAGCCUCCUUUAUCACUUCACCGAUACUAGCGUCAAUCUAACUCGCGAUUUUUCCGAUGAAACCGAAACCAGGCUAUAUGAUUCGAUGUUUUGUUCAUCUAAUAAACGACUAGGGGGUCAAUGCCAACGCCAAAAAAUUCAGAGGCUGAAAAAACAUGGUGACACGGAAUACUUAUUAAACAAAAAAUAUCGUUUGAAAAGUGAUGACUAUACUACAAUUGGUAACACAACCAUAUUUUCCGUAGAAGAGGAAAUUUCGCUCCCAGGUGACCUUUUAUCUUCAGUUAAUCCCUUUUCUGGCUGCUCCAAAUCACUUUCUUUCCUACGUGACCUGAAUCUUUUAGACCUCCGGCCCAAUAGUAAAGGCUAUACAGUAUUUCUUCCAUGUUUCGAUUCGUGGGAAUACUUCGACUUGAACCUGGACUAUCUCGAACACAAUAUUUCAGCUCUAAAUUUGAUCAUGAAAAAUUACAUCUUAAAUGAUCUGAUUUAUACUGAUACAGAAGAGCAGUCAUUCAUGACAUCCAAUCUUUAUGACGAGAACAUCACUAUCUCGGUUCUCCAGAGCGAAACUGAUAGUGAACAAAUUGCGCUAAGCUUUAACACUAUAGAUGAACCGGUCAUGCUAACUAAAAAUUUUGAUACGUUUUUUGAUCAAGGUGUAAUCCAUCCAAUGGAAAACGUUUACUUUCCGGACUCUUUGAAUAUCACCCUUCAGAAUCUUAUGGACACAGCUAAUUCAUUCGACUUCAUAGAGUAUCUCAAAAGCUUCGAUAGUCUCAAAAUGAUUUUUGAUCAAAAUCAGGAAUUCUCGCUUUUAGUACCAACUUCUCAGUCACUAUUAUUGGAAGAUAUUAGCUUGAAUUCGACCACAUUGGAAGAGUUCCUAAAAUUACACAUAAUCCUCGCAAAUUCUACACAAGCUCUUCUUGAUUGUGAUAGCGACAUUAGUACACUUUACGGGGAAAAGCUGAGCUGCCGAGAAAGUUUGUCUAAUGCCCACUUGCUGCGGUUGAAAGACGGCGUGGACAAGGAAGUACGAAUUAUGAAAAAGGGCUGCUCUUCUUCUAAUGAGCGGGCAUGCGUUUUUGUCAUUGAUAGACCAAUCUCCUUGUCUUGGCUGGACCAAGACAGAUAUAAAAUACGACUACCGGGCACUGCUAUUGCUAUGGGGGCCCUUCUCGGAAUCUUGUUGAUUUUUGGGGUUUUGGCCUGCACACUAGUAGUUGUUGUGAGAAAAAGAGGUACCGAAGGACAUCAAUCAGUGGAGAGAUCGGGCGAACAAGAUCCCUUGCUCCGCUCGCCAAAAAUUGCGAAACGGGGAGGUUACUCAUCAUCUCUAGGUAGAGAUCCCGCUGCUUUCACAGACCGCAGUAAUCAGGUCAUGGGGAACCCUGGACCAUCUCCAUUCGCAAAGUCGUACUCAGAAAAUUCGUCGCGUAACCCAGUUUCGAUCAAUCAAGGAUCAUCGCACACUUAA